UGUUUGCAAUUCAUUUUUUAAAGUCUACAUAAAGAACAGAUUCGCCUUGAACAUAAACUUGAAAAACUGUGGAUCGAAGCCAGAGAACUUAUUAGGGAAGAAUGCAAAAAUACCGUCGCUGGAGAUCAUUCAUUCUUAGGAUCUUUAGGGUAAAUUUGAGGCGACUUGACCAUGCAUUUACAGCGAGGGCGGCAGCGCUCAACACUAGGCGUUCCCACCAGCGCCUAGGUGGUGAAGCAAAGUCCGGAAGUCUUUUAAAAUGGAAGUGGUUCCUUCCCUUCGCCUCCCUUACAAUCUUAUAGCCCCGGAAAGGAAAAAGAAGAUUAACGGUUGCUUUGCAUUUGCUUUCAAAGAUUUCUGUUCGCUCUUCUUCUCAGGACUGCUUUGUUGUAAAGGCUCGUAACUUAAGAGGAAGCAAGAGAAGAAGGGAAGACGUCCAGAAGAAAAGUCUCUUUGCUAAUAUCAGAGAUUAUGGUGCAAAGAGUGGCGAUCAUUGGAGCCGGAGUGAGUGGACUGACCUCCAUCAAGUGCUGCCUGGAUGAGGGGCUGGAGCCCACCUGCUUUGAGAGGAGCGAUGGCAUCGGAGGACUGUGGCAGUUCACUGAAAUUCCUGAAGAGGGGAGAACAACUGUGUACAGAUCUGUGAUAACCAAUACCUCCAAGGAAAUGACCUGCUUCAGUGACUUUCCUUUCCCAGAUAACUGGCCCAACUAUUUGCAUCACUCCAUGCUUUUGAAGUAUCUAAAGGCAUACACUGAGCACUUCCACCUUCUUGACUACAUACAGUUUAAGACCAAAGUUUGUAGCAUCAGAAAACACCCAGAUUUUGCAGCCACAGGACAGUGGAUAGUUUAUACAGAGACUGAUGGGCAGCAGGCAUCAGCCAUCUUUGAUGCUGUUAUGGUUUCCAGUGGCCGUUACGCAGAGAUUAAUCUACCGCUAGAGUCUUUUCCUGGUAAGUUUUGA